AUGUCGAAGAGAGCUGCGGAUGCAGGCGACGAGCAGUCGGCUGCGCUCAAGGCCGGCGAGCGCCCAAUUGCCAAUGCCCCUGCGGACGAAGUGGGGGAGUUUGAAGACGAGUUCGAGGACGAGUUUGAGAGCGAGGAUGAGAUUCUGGAGGCCGGCGUGGAUGGUCGCCCGGAUGCUGAGCGUGAGGAGGAGGAGCGAGAGGCCAUGGAUGUCGACAAGCAGACCUUCAUUCCUGGACGGACGAAACUGGCACCUGGAGAGACACUCUCCCCCGAUCCAUCCACCUACGAUAUGCUGCACACCCUGAGCACGCCCUGGCCUUGCCUGUCGUUCGACAUUGUGCGCGAUACCCUUGGCGACAGCCGCAAAACCUUCCCCGCAACCGUCUACGCCGUUGCCGCUGAUGGUGCUCAAGAUGAGCGGCCUGAGCAGAAUGGAGCGGGAAGGGGGGAUUCGGACGAUGAGUCGGACUCGGAUGACGAUAUGGGCGAGCCCAUCCUCGAGCACAAGUCCAUCCCGCUGGGCUCAACGACCAACCGCAUUCGCUGCCACCAGACGCCAUCCCAGUCGGCAGAUUACUCGAAACCCCCACAGACGCUGACCGCGACUAUGCUCGAGAACUCGCAAGUCCUCAUUCACGACGUUACCGCCCACCUUACCAGUUUCGAUGUACCUGGCACUAUUCUCCCUCCCUCUGCCUCCAAACCUCUCUCUACUCUCCGCAUGCACAAGUCCGAAGGUUACGCCCUGGACUGGUCGCCGCUCCAGCCUCUUGGCAAGCUGUUGACCGGUGACAACGACGGCCUCAUCUACGUGACAACCCGCACCGAGGGCGGCGGCUGGGUCACCGACACCCGGCCCUUCACGGGCCACCAGUCUUCCGUAGAGGAGCUGCAGUGGUCGCCGAACGAGAAGAACGUGUUUGCCUCCGCCAGCAGCGACGGCAGCGUUAAGGUCUGGGAUGUGCGGUCCAAGUCCCGCAAGCCGGCCGUGGACGUGCAGAUCUCCAAGACGGAUGUCAAUGUCAUGAGCUGGUCUAACCAGACCUUCCACCUUCUCGCGACUGGUGCUGAUGACGGCCAGUGGGCCGUGUGGGACCUGCGGCACUGGAAGCCCAAUGAUGCAGGCCAGAUCCGCGCCACGCCCGUUGCGUCGUUCGACUUCCACAAGGAACCUGUCACCAGCAUUGAGUGGCAUCCCUCGGACGACAGUGUGGUGGCAGUGGGCUCGGCUGACAACACUGUCACUCUGUGGGAUCUGGCUGUCGAGCUGGACGAUGAGGAGAGUCGCCAGGCGGGCAUGGCCGACAUCCCACCACAACUACUCUUCGUGCACUACAUGGAGUCUGUGAAGGAGGUGCACUGGCAAGCUCAGAUGCCGGGUACUCUCAUGGCGACUGGCGGCAGUGGCUUCAGUGUCUUCAAGACCAUCAGUGUCUAG